AUGAAAUUAUAUCCUCUUAUCUUAGCAAGUUCAAUUCUUGUAUCUUUAGUGUUGAGUAAAAAGAAAUACGAAACUUAAGAAGACUUCGUCGAAUUCUUUAACACUGCAGGCAAAAACUAUACUACUAAUGUUGAGAUUGCCUACCAACCCCAGCUAGGAAUCUAAGUCUUAGCAACUGCUGAUUUCGAUGGAAUGUCUAUUCCAGCAUUUCAUAUACCUAUUAGAAUGGUGAUGCAUACAUACUAUUACACAAAGGUCUAACUAGAUGAAUUUGAGGCUUGGACUGAGAGAUAAAAGAAGAUUGCUGAGAAAUAUUUGGAUGGUCCUAUAUUUUCUACCAAAAGAGAUUUACUGCACUAUUAAAUUAUGGAAAGAAUCAAAUAGCAUCCAAUUCUUAGUAAGGAGUUAAGUAAGUCAUUAGGAGACUAUAAGUAAUUUGACAUGUGGUGUGGGAUUGUUAUUACUAGAAAUCAUUUGCUAACCCUUAAAAUAUGGGAUUAGUUUGAGAUCAUCACAUCAGAUGAAAAUGUAGAGUUAAAUUCAUAGUAUCUAUACAAUAUGAGUUCCUCAAUAAUACCAAUGAUUGAUCUCAUCAAUCAUAGAUAGCCGAUGGAUAGCUUGAAGAGAGAUUUAGUUAGAUUCAUGACAAUUCCAAUAAUGAAUGAAUAAAAAUAAAAAGCUGAAUAUCUCACAAUUAUUGUUGUCAAAAGUCUUGAGGAUCAAUUCAAGGAGGUUUGCUAGUCACAAUUCUGUCUAGAGAUGAAUCCAGAGAAUUACAAAGAUUCUAUUCCAACUUUAGAUUAUACGCUCUACAGUAACACUUUGAAUUAGAAAGUGCUGAAUUUAUACAGGAUACAACUCCUUUAAGCUGAUAACAGAUUGCCUUUUAUUCCAGGUGAUUUGGCUGAGAAGGCUAAGCUUAAUAUAACUAAGCUAGGACGAAUUACUCCCACAAAUGAGGCAAGGGUCAUAGGAUAUUUCUUGUAAGUUCUAAGAAGAAGACAUGAUUUAAUGAUGUCAUUUGAAAAAAUGAAUGGAAUAAUUAUGGACAUAGAGAGAGAUCCUGGUCAUUUAUAAGAUGAAGAUAAAAGAAGAGAAUUGCUAUCUAUUAAGUAUGCAGCUUAGAAAAAGCAAGUCUACCAAAGGAACAUGAUCAUGGCAGCAAGAAGAUAAACCUAUUUAAUUUAGAGAGAUUUACUCUCCAAUAUUCCUUUUAAGCAGAAUAUUAACCAGUUACAAUUGAAGCAAGCUUUGGUUGAUUUCUUAAGGUCUUGA